UGUCACUGCUUCUGCAGCGGCAGCUUUGGGCGUGGGCGCCCUGGCAGUGCUCAAGGGAGUUCUUAUCGGGAAGCAUCUGAAGCGCCGUUACAGGAGGGACGUCGAUUCCAUGGAGGAGGACGUUGCAACAGAAAUUGCUGUGGCCCAGAAGAUGGACUCUGCUGGUUGCGUGGCCAAGCUCUUGUGCGAAAUCGAGGCCAUGUCCGCUGACCAGCUCACGCCAGCCAUGUCCACCUUCAAGACCGCCUUCGACAACAACAGCAACCUCAAGGGAUCCCGAGGCGUCUACGACCUGGCCAUCACCUUCGGCUCCAAGUUCGCCAAGAAAGACGCCAAGGCCUGCAGCGCCCUCUUCGACAAGUGCGUCCUCUCCAGGGACGAUCUCUCCUUCAUGCUGGAUUCCACCUUCUCAUGCUAGUCAU